GAACUCAGAAAAAACAUAGGAAGACGUUGGCUCGAUUUUGAAGCAAUGUGGAAAAAUCUCAUUCUUCUCUCUUUUCUCACUCUACUUUCUCCCUUUUCUUCUUCUGCAACUCCCAUCCCUGAUGAUCUUGGCCUUUUACCCCACGCGAAUUUUCCCACUGUACAGGCAGAGAAGCUAAUUCGACAGUUCAAUCUCAUUCCCAAGGACGCCCUUUACAUCCCCCAUGAAUCUUCCGUUCCUCCCACUCCAAAGAUCGUCGAGAAACGCUUUAAGUUACCUCACCUUUUGGGUUCUUCUGAUGUUUCCGUCGAAGACCUUGGUCACCAUGCCGGAUACUACCAGCUUAAGCAUUCCUAUGCUGCUAGGAUGUUCUACUUCUUCUUUGAAUCACGAAACAGCAAGACGGAUCCUGUUGUUAUUUGGUUGACUGGAGGUCCAGGAUGUAGCAGUGAGUUGGCUGUUUUCUAUGAAAAUGGUCCUUUCUCCAUUGCAAACAAUUUGUCUCUUCAAUGGAAUGACUACGGCUGGGACAAGGUAUCAAACCUUAUUUACGUUGACCAGCCUACUGGAACUGGUUUUAGUUAUAGUUCUGAUAAGCGUGACAUUCGUAACAAUGAAGAGGACGUUAGCAAUGAUCUAUAUGACUUCUUGCAGGCAUUUUUUACUGAGCAUCCUGAAUACACAAAGAAUGACUUCUUCAUUACUGGAGAAUCAUAUGCUGGGCACUACAUUCCUGCUUUUGCCGGUCGAGUUCACCAAGGGAACAAAGCUAAAGAGGGAAUUCCUAUAAACUUCAAGGGAUUUGCCAUUGGCAAUGGACUGACAGAUCCUGCAAUCCAGUACCAAGCAUAUACAGAUUACGCAUUGGACAAUGGAAUAAUUCAGGAAUCUGACUACAAUAGUAUUAACAAAUUGCUUCCAGCUUGUGAAAUGGCAAUAAAGCAAUGCGGAACCGAUGGUAAAACCGCAUGCAUGUCGUCAUACUAUAUUUGCACCAACAUAUUCAAUAAGAUCAUGGAUAUUGCCGGUAAUAUUAAUUAUUAUGAUUACAGAAAACAGUGCGAGGGUGACCUUUGCUAUGAUUUUUCAAACAUGGAGAAAUUCCUAACCCAGAAAUCCGUUACGGAUGCUCUUGGAGUUGGGGACAUCGAAUUUGUUUCAUGUAGCCCUACUGUUUACCAGGCCAUGGUUAUGGACUGGAUGAGGAAUCUUGAAGUUGGUAUACCAACUCUUCUGGAGGAUGGCAUCAAGUUGAUGAUAUAUGCUGGGGAGUAUGAUAUCAUAUGCAACUGGCUUGGGAACUCGAGGUGGGUUCAUUCUAUGGAAUGGUCUGGUCAGAAAGAGUUUGGGGAUGCUCCAACUGUCCCUUUUGUGGUUGAUGGUACAGAAAAAGGACUGAUGAAAAACCAUGGUCCUCUAACUUUCCUCAAGGUCCAUGAUGCUGGUCACAUGGUCCCAAUGGAUCAGCCCAAGGCUGCUUUGGAGAUGCUGAAGAGAUGGACCCAUGGGCAGCUUGCAGAAGAAGGUCAGGCGGCUGACAUGUGAUAGCUCAGCUAAUGCUAUCCAUUUUUCCUUAAUGAGCCUUUGCUAUACAAAUAUGGUUUCAAUUUUCAAAAGAUGGUUUAUGGGGGAAUUGCUAAACCAUUUUUGUGGUUUUUAUCCACACUAUAAUCUGGCUCUCUUCUGAGGUGCAUGUUAAUAUUUUCUUAAACUCUGGUUUUUUAACUCUCUAAUUGAUAAAAUGGUUAUAAAUACUCCAUUCAUAUCAUCAAAAUAUGUUUGGAUUUAUUAUGUGCAU